AUGCGCCUCUUUCUAUCUUUCGUCUCCCUUCUCUCGCUUGCGACCGCUAACCCUGUGUCUCGCAGCCCCCGGAAUAAAGAGGGUGAAUACAGCUGGGAAUGUGGCAUGAAUGCUCCGUACGCUUACUACUCGGAUUGCAAAUACCUCCUUGGGUGGUAUCAAACUAUCUCCAAAACGGGCUGGUUCGGUAUCGGAAAAGCCAAGAGCCUGAGCAAGUAUUGGGGUAAUUGCCAGAUUUCUAUAGAAUCUGGGCCCCUCGGACACUUUGCACUUGAGAUCCAGCAAGAUCAAUUCGUGGAUGUUAUUAAACAGGGGAUGAUGUAUAGAUGCCCUGACAGGUGGUCACGGAUAAUGGUCAAACCAGACAACAACACUUGGACAGCCUAUCUAACGGAGAAGGGCUGGGACCCGGAACAGGGGUUUUAA